CGCAACACGCCCUGAACGUCUGAAAAGGAAGUGGAAGGAGGAAAGCAGAGCCACGGGAGAGGAACGAACCCUAGAAUAAAUCCCCCACCGAUCCGCCGCGGGGGUUUAUCAACUCUUAGUCCCAGUCCCCGAGGAUUGCGGCCAUCUGAUACGAUCUGCCUAGGUGAACCCAGACUCCACGCUAUGUCUUGGGCCGGCCCGGAUGAGUUCCUCCUCUCCACCUCCCUCGCCGGCUUCUUGGACAAGAAACUCAUAGUCCUAUUACGAGACGGAAGGAAACUGCUUGGCACCCUGUGUUCAUUUGAUCAGUUUGCAAAUGUUGUUCUCCAAGGUGCUUGUGAACGAGUGAUUGUUGGAGAACUAUAUUGUGAUGUUCCUCUUGGUCUUUAUGUCAUCCGGGGAGAGAACGUUGUUUUAAUCGGUGAAUUGGAUAGUGAGAAGGAUGAACUCCCUGCUCACAUGACUUGUGUUCCGGAGCCGGAAAUAAGAAAGGCUGAAAAGGCGGAAAGAGAAGCAAGAGACCUCAAGGGCUCAAUGAGGAAACGUAUGGAGUUCCUGGACUUUGAUUAGAAGCAUCCCAUUGAAAGGUAGAUCGAAGCUGUGAUGUUUUUAACUGGCGGCUUCUGCUACAUGGAAACAUAAACCUUAUUUGACCCUGUAGUUUUCGGCCUCGGAUCCAAAGCUUUUACCUGUCAAAUCCUCCUUAGUAACUUGAUGGUGCUGUACAACUCCUGAGCCAUGGGAAGUUGCUAUUACAGUUCGUAGUUUGCAGUUGUAAAAUGGUAAAUUGUUUCACAUCUAUAACUUAGAGACUGAUGCUUUCCAUUUCCAUGACUGUUCAAUGUUAACGACCCAUGUACAUCUCAAUUUACGAAGUGCAUGUUCUCUACAA